AUGUCAAUAAAGCCAGGGAAACUCGAAAUUGUUCUGGAGGAUUCAACAAAGAAAGUUCGAAUUGGUCGGGUCAAGAAGAUAGCUCCUCCAAAAGCUGUCAAUCCUCAUCAUAUUUAUGUUAAUCAGUAAGGGUUUGGUUUUUCUUGUUUAAAUGUUUUUGGAUUUAAUUGGGAUUUGUAUGGGAUUUAGGAGUUAUUUUGCAUUUUAGAUUCAAAAAUCAUAAUUUAUAUUGUUUUAGCCACACCAAGCUAAUGUCGACUUUCAAGAAGGCUGAAAAGCUUUUGAACACGAAGCUGGACUAUGUUAUUCUUCAUGCCACAUCCGUGUCCAUUCCGUAUGCCAUAAGAGUUGCUAAUUUGUUAAAAGAGUCAAUGAAAGGGUCAGUAACGGCUGAUAUUCGGACUGGAACUGUUAAAGUAAGUUCUAAAGAGCUUGUUUUAGUUAUAACAAGGUAUAACUUGUAGUAAAACAAUGAAAAAGAUUUUUAUUUGUUUACCUUCAAAAAUUUUUGGACAGCUUUACAGAACUCUCGAGUUUUAUCCUAUAGCAUAGCAUGCUAUAUUUUCCUUUGCUUAUGCUAUAAAUGUGAACUUUUAUAAAAUUUUCGUAAUUUAGGUAACAGACCGUGAUGAAACCGAGCCAACAGAACCUAAAGACACCAACCGUUCAAUUUCUCUUGUUAGCAUUCGCAUCGCACGUGUACUUUAA